CUCGAUCCCUAUGGAAGGAAAAAAGCCAAGGUAUCGUUGGAUGUUCUGCGAAGAUUAAAACAUGUGAAGGACGGAAAAUACGUCGUAGUUGCUGGUAUCACACCCACACCGUUGGGCGAGGGAAAAUCAACUACGACGAUGGGAAUCGUGCAGGCCUUGACGGCCCAUCUUCACAAGAAUUCUUUCGCAUGUGUUCGACAACCGUCACAAGGUCCAACGUUUGGCAUCAAAGGAGGAGCAGCUGGAGGAGGAUACGCUCAGGUGAUACCGAUGGAAGAGUUCAAUUUGCAUUUAACUGGCGACAUCCAUGCUAUCACUGCUGCCAACAAUCUUUUAGCAGCUGCUAUCGAUGCACGAAUGUUCCAUGAAAGCACUCAGAAGGAUGACGCCCUUUUCAAUCGUUUAUGUCCCGCUAACAAGCAAGGUUCGAUUCCGGGUGGUGUUGGGAAUAGUGAUCAUGCUUCCAUCGUCUUCACACUUGAGCUUGAGGUCAAGAAGGAUGUAAGAGAAGUGUUUGUAAGGGACUUUAAGAAAGCAAAUUUUGAUGCGAUCAAUGAAUAUCUCAGUCAAGUUGACUGGUAUGGAUCCUUGAAUUGUGCUGACACGAUUAAUGAGAAAUAUGAAUUGUUCUUGGGCAUACUCCAUCAUACUAUUGAUGUAUUUGUUCCUGUUAAAAUGCGCAAGACUAGUGAGAUGGAACUCCCGCCACACUUGGUCAGGCUAAACCGCAAAAAAAGUAUUGCAUGGAAUAAGGCGUUGAGUGGGGGCAAUCCGGGCGAUUGGGAAAAAUACAAAAUGCUGAGAAGCGCUUUCGAUAAAAAAUUGACCAAGUUUUAUGGCCACAUUGAGAAAAAAGUAAUCUACUCCAGGAACAAAAACGCUUUCUAUAGGUUUCUCAAUUCCAAGCUCAAAAAGGGACAGAGUCUCGGUGCAUUGCUUGAUGAUGACGGUAAUGUCAUAAGGAAUGAAAAAGAUAUAGCAGAGCUUUUUGCGAGGGUUUUUGAGAAAGUACAUCAAAGAGAUGAGGACUCCAGAGAUUUAGACGUAGCUCCUGUUUUUCCCGUUAUGAGGGAUUCGGUCUGGUUCCAUCACGAAGAAAUCUGC